AUGGGCUUCACCACUGGAUUCACCGGCGGUGUGACCGUAACCCUAGGCGUAGCCUACCUCACAGUCCUCGCCCACCAACGCAACCGCGAAAGCCAGUCCCACACCCUCCGCACCCAACACCACGUCCUCUCCUCCCUCCUCGAGCCCCAAAUCCGCAUCCCUCCGCCCCUGACACGCGCCGAACAGGCCGUCAAGGACCGCGAGACGCUCCUCACCUCCGCCAAAGACCGUUGGAACCGCGAGGUAGAGAACGCCGUCCGCUGGGCGCAGCGCACCGACUGGGGCGAGGUGCGCGAGGGUCUCGAGAGCGGCGCCGCGCGCUUCUGGGGCGGCACCAUUGAAAAGGCCGGCGAGGCGGAGCAGGCCGUCGAGAAGAGCGCCGUCCCGCUGGCCAAGGAGGCUUCGGCCAAGGGCGCUGCCGCUGCGGAGGCGACCGGCGCGGAGGUCAAGAAGGAGGCGCGCAGCGCGUGGGAGCGCGCGAGGGAAAAGAGCCUCGCUGCCGAGGAGGCUGCGCGCGCCAAGGCCGCCGAGGCGAAGAAGCUCCUCGACGCGAAAGCCGCCGAGGCCAAGAAGAUUGUCGACAGCAAGGCCGCCGAGGUCAAGGCCGUCGUCGGCGACGUGGUGGACAAAGGACGGCAGCAAGGGGAGGCGGUGCUCGUGGCGGCGAAGCAGGCGGCGGGCGUGGCCGAGGACAAGGUCAGCAUCAAGGCCGACGGCGCGGUGGCGCCCGCGACGACGCCGGUACAGAAGGCGCUGCACCAGCGGUACGAGAAGCCGAGCGGAUUGACCAAGAGCGUCAAGGAGGUGCUGGCGGAGCGGUACCGCAAGAUGGACGAGCAGGAUAAUACGCAGCUUCGGGGUAUUUGA